UGUGAGAAAGCUCAGACCGGCUCUGAAGUUGCGGCAUGGAGAGGAUAUGGUCACGUCCCACAAUGAAUGCAGUAACAUAUGAGGAUGUGCAUGUAAACUUUACUUGGGAAGAAUGGGCUUUGCUGGAUCCUUCCCAGAAGAAUUUCUACAAAGAAGUGAUGCUGGAGACCUACAGCAACCUCACUGCUAUAGGCUAUUAUUGGGAAGACCUCAGUUAUGAAAAGAAUUCUCAAAAUUCUAGAAGACAUGGAAGUGUUCUUCAUCGGCAUAACAGAACACAUACUGGAGAGAAGCCCUAUGAAUGUAUACUAUGUGGUAAGGCCUUUAAACAGAGCAGUCAUCUUCAAUGUCAUAAAAGAACACAUACUGGAGGGAAGGUCUAUGAAUGUAACCAAUGUGGCAAAGCCUUUGCAGUAAAUAUUGAUCUUCAAAUACAUAAAAGAACACAUACUGGAGAGAAGCCCUAUGAAUGUAAACAAUGUGGUAAAGCCUUUGCACAGAACAGUGUUCUUCAGAUUCAUAAACAGACACAUACUGGAGGGAAGCCCUUUGCAUGUAACCAGUGUGGCAAAGCUUUUAUUUCUCACAGGCAUCUUCAGAUUCAUAAAAAAACACAUACUGGAGAAAAGCCCUAUGAAUGUAAACAAUGUGGUAAAGCCUUUUCAUCUCACAGUGCUCUUCAAAGGCAUAAAAGAACACAUACUGGAGAGAAGCCCUAUGAAUGUAAACAAUGUGGUAAAGCCUUUGCAAGGAACAGUAUCCUUCAGAGUCAUAAAAGAACACAUACUGGAGAGAAGCCCUAUGAAUGUAACCAAUGUGGUAAAGCCUUUGCACAGAAAAGUCAACUUCAGAGUCAUAAAAGAACACAUACUGGAGAGAAGCCCUAUGAAUGUAAACAAUGUGGUAAAGCCUUUGCACAGAAAAGUCAACUUCAGAGUCAUAAAAGAACACAUACUGGAGAGAAGCCUCAUGAAUGUAAACAAUGUGGUAAAGCCUUUUCAUGGUACAGUACUCUUCAUAGGCAUAAACGAAUACAUACUGGAGAGAAGCCCUAUGAAUGUAAACAAUGUGGUAAAGCCUUUGCACAGAACAGUGUUCUUCAGAUUCAUAAACAGACACAUACUGGAGGGAAGCCCUUUGCAUGUAACCAAUGUGGCAAAGCUUUUACUUCUCACAGCCAUCUUCAGAUUCAUGAAAGAACACAUACUGGAGAGAAGCCCUAUGAAUGUAAACAAUGUGGUAAAGUCUUUGCCCAUCACAGUGCUCUUCAAAGGCAUAAAAGAAUACAUACUGGAGAGAAGCCCUAUGAAUGUAACCAAUGUGGUAAAGCCUUUGCACAGACCAGUACCCUUCAGAGUCAUAAAAGAACACAUACUGGAGAGAAGCCCUAUGAAUGUAAACUAUGUGGUAAAGCCUUUGCACAGAAAAGUCAACUUCAGAGUCAUAAAAGAACACAUACUGGAGAGAAGCCCUAUGAAUGUAAACAAUGUGGUAAAGCCUUUGCAAGGAACAGUAUCCUUCAGAGUCAUAAAAGAACACAUACUGGAGAGAAGCCCUAUUAA